AUGAUGGCGAAGUCUUUCGUAAAUGUGGGUUUCGCCUCAGCACUGGAAAAAAUGGCGACCACCAGGCUCAGGAGCAUUCUUUAUGUAAUCCCAAGUCGGUUUCUCUCAAAUGCGGCGCCUUCUUCUUCAUUCACCGUCGACUACCUCGUCAAGUCAUGCGGCCUUCCCAUGGAAUCAGCUCUCGUCGCUUCAAGGAAGCUCCAGCUCGACGCGAAGAAGAACGGGAAGCCCGAGUCCGUACUUCAAUUUCUUAGAUCCCAUGGUUUCACCGAUGCCCACAUAUCCACAUUGGUUCAGAAGCGCCCCACGGUUCUCCAUUGCAGAAUAAGCAACAAUCUUGGGCCUAAGUUCGAGUUCCUCAACAAAGUUGGAUUCGUGGGUAAACAACUUCCUGACCUAAUUGUGUCCAAUCCUUUACUUGUCAAGAGCUCUUUAGAUUCUUACAUUAAGCCAUCCGUUGAGUAUCUGCUCUUGCUUCUCGGUAGUUCUGAUAAAAUCAUGUCCACAAUUAAGCGUUCCUCGUGGCUGCUGAGCUAUGAUUUGAAGGGAAACAUGCAGCCAAAUAUAGACUUCUUGUUAGGUGAAGGAAUUCCUAGGACCUAUAUUGUGAACAUGGUUUAUGCUCAUCCGAGAUUCAUAUUGAUUAAGCAGUCCAGGAUGGUCCAAGCUGUAAGUACUUGUAAGAAGUUGGGGUUUGAACCCAAAUCGCGAAUGUUUAUGCAUGCUCUGAGAUCUGCACUGUCAAUGAGUGAUGCGACCAUGAAGAAGAAAAUCGAAGUAAUGAAGAGUAUGGGGUGGACUGAAGAGGAGAUCUUGUCUGCAUUUAGGCGGGACCCGCUUUGCUUAUCUUGCUCCGAGGAGAAGAUCAGGAAUGCAAUGGACUUUUAUGUCAACACUAUGAAGUUGACACCUUCGGUUGUAAUCAAGUAUCCGAAGUUUAUCAUGCACUCGAUUGAGAAAAGGAUGCGCCCUAGGUAUAAUGUCCUGCAGAUUUUGGUGUCGAAGAAGCUGAUUUCUGGGACCAAUCUUUGCUGGCAGCUAACUAUAACUGAGAACAAAUUUGUUCAGAAUUUUGUAAUGAAGUACGGAGCUGAUGUCCCUGGAUUGUUUGAGAAGUACGAGGCUUCCAAAUUGGGGAAAAGGAAGGAUCAUUGA